UUUUUGCUUCUGCGAUUUUUUGCCAUCAUGUGUUCCUCUACACCUACAAACUUGUUCAACACUGACCUUUCUAUCGAAGCUCGAUUUCUUGUGCUAUCCAAUCCAGAAUUUCUAGCUGAAGGAACAGCCAUCGGAGAUCUGUCCAAUCCGGAUCGUGUAUUGAUUGGCGGAGAAACCUCACCUGUAGGAGCGGCCGCUGUUGCCGAGUUGGUGCGAAUCUAUGAGCACUGGGUACCACGAGAUCGAAUCAUCACCACAAAUACUUGGAGUUCUGAACUAUCCAAACUGGUAAAUUUGAUCGUUUUCUCNAUAUCAGCAAUCUGUGAAGCAACGGGAGCCGAUGUUCAAGAGGUCGCCCAUGCGAUCGGCUUCGAUUCGCGGAUCGGGAACAAAUUCCUGCAAGCCAGCGUGGGAUUCGGUGGCAGCUGCAUUCAAAAGGAUGUCCUUUCAUUGGUGUACCUGAGUGAAUCACUUCAUCUUCAGAAAGUUGCCGAUUACUGGAUGGGAGUUAUUGAAAUCAAUAAAUGGCAACGCCGUCGAUUCUCUGACAAGAUCAUUGUUGAGCUGUUCAACACCGUAGCCGAUAAGAAGAUCGCCGUAUUUGGUUUUUCGAAGGUGGCUGGUGACAAUCCUUCCGACAGAUCGAAAUCGUCGGCCAUUCAUAUCAUCAGUCAUCUUCUAGAAGAGCAUGCUCAAAUUGCUGUCUAUGACCCCAAGGUGAAUUUAUUUUGCAACGAUUUGUUUUGUUUUUCAGCAAAGUUCACAAAAUUGGUGACGGUACAUGAUAAUCCCUACUCGGCUGCUGAUGAUGCUCAUGCUAUUGUCGUUCUGACUGAAUGGGACGAGUUCAAGGCGCUGGACUAUGAACGAAUCUACAAAACCAUGAAACACCCGGCAUCAAUUUUCGAUGGUCGCCUGAUUCUCGAUCAACGCCAACUACGGGAAUACGGUUUCCGAACGUUUGCCAUCGGCUCCGCACCUGAUCAAGCAUACAAUCUUUUUGGUGUGCCACUUGAUUAG